UUCUAGUGGAACGAGGUGUGGAUAGUGAGGUGACUCUGGCCGCUUACUUCCGGUUCCUAGGGAUGCGCAUCCGGGUCACGCUAACGCCGCGGUUUCCUCCGCUCGCUUGCUUCUACUGUGGGUUUGGACUGGUCUCCAUGUCCUGCUGUGGGGCUUUUGCAGCCUUUGGGCUUUCACCCUGUAUCACCUGGGCUGCAGUGUAGUGACAUUAUCACAGCUUACUGCAGCUUGACCUCCUGGGAUCAGGUGAUUCUCUCGUCUCCUAAGAGCUGGAACUACAGAUUGUGAGGACUGCUGAGAGAGACUUGCAAUCCAGUCACAUAAGCAUAAUAAAGAAAUAUUAGUCCUCAUGGAAGAAGAGCAAGAUUUACCAGAGCAACCAGUGAAAAAAGCCAAGAUGCAGGAAUCAGGAGAGCAAACCAUAAGUCAAGUAAGCAAUCCAGAUGUCAGUGAUCAGAAGCCAGAAACAUCAAGCCUUGCUUCAAACCUUCCUAUGUCAGAGGAAAUUAUGACAUGCACCGAUUACAUCCCUCGCUCAUCCAAUGAUUAUACCUCACAAAUGUAUUCUGCAAAACCUUAUGCACAUAUUCUCUCAGUUCCUGUAUCGGAAACUGCUUACCCUGGGCAGACUCAAUACCAGACACUACAGCAAUCUCAAUCUUAUGCUGUCUACCCUCAGGCAACCCAAACGUAUGGACUACCUCCUUUUGGUGCAUUGUGGCCAGGUAUGAAACCUGAAAGUGGUUUAAUUCAGACUCCAUCUCCAAGUCAACACAGUGUUCUUACCUGCACUACAGGGUUAACCACAAGCCAGCCAAGCCCAGCACAUUAUUCUUAUCCCAUUCAAGCUUCAAGCACAAAUGCCAGCCUGAUAUCUACUUCUUCUGCAAUUGCCAAUAUUCCAGCAGCAGUAGCCAGCAUCUCAAACCAGGAUUAUCCCACCUAUACUAUUCUGGGUCAGAAUCAGUACCAGGCCUGCUACCCCAGCUCCAACUUUGGAGUCACAGGUCAGACUAACAGUGAUGCCGAGGGCACCACAUUAGCAGCGACCACAUACCAGUCGGAGAAGCCUAGUGUCAUGGUGCCUGCACCUGCAGCACAGAGACUUUCCUCUGGAGACCCUUCUACAAGCCCAUCUUUGUCCCAGACUACAACAAAUAAAGAUGCUGAUGAUCAGUCCAGGAAAAACAUGACUAGCAAGAACCGGGGCAAAAGGAAAGCUGAUGCCACUUCUUCCCAAGACAGUGAAUUAGAACGGGUAUUUUUAUGGGACUUGGAUGAAACCAUCAUCAUCUUCCACUCACUUCUUACUGGCUCCUAUGCUCAGAAAUAUGGAAAGGACCCAACAGUAGUGAUUGGCUCAGGUUUAACAAUGGAAGAAAUGAUUUUUGAAGUGGCUGAUACUCAUCUAUUUUUCAAUGACUUAGAGGAGUGUGACCAGGUACAUGUGGAAGAUGUGGCUUCUGAUGACAAUGGCCAAGAUUUGAGCAACUACAGUUUCUCAACAGAUGGUUUCAGUGGCUCAGGAGGUAGUGGCAGUCAUGGUUCCUCUGUGGGUGUUCAGGGAGGUGUGGACUGGAUGAGGAAACUAGCUUUCCGCUACCGGAAAGUGAGAGAAAUCUAUGAUAAGCAUAAAAGCAACGUGGGUGGCCUCCUCAGUCCCCAGAGGAAGGAAGCACUGCAGAGAUUAAGAGCAGAAAUUGAAGUUUUAACAGAUUCCUGGUUAGGAACUGCAUUAAAGUCCUUACUUCUCAUCCAGUCCAGAAAGAAUUGUGUGAAUGUUCUGAUCACUACCACUCAGCUGGUUCCAGCCCUGGCCAAGGUUCUCUUAUAUGGACUAGGAGAAAUAUUUCCUAUUGAGAACAUCUAUAGUGCUACCAAAAUUGGUAAAGAGAGCUGCUUUGAGAGAAUUGUGUCAAGAUUUGGAAAGAAAGUCACUUAUGUAGUGAUUGGAGAUGGACGAGAUGAAGAAAUUGCAGCCAAACAGCACAACAUGCCUUUCUGGAGGAUCACAAACCACGGAGACCUAGUAUCCCUUCACCAGGCUUUAGAGCUUGAUUUUCUCUAAGAACUGGAAUGAGGAGCCUUCCCCUUAAGCUCCUUUUCACUCCUGAAGGGAGCUGGAGACUGGAACCAACUGAGAACUUUCUCUGUCUCACUCUCUGUCUCUCUACCUGUCUCUCUUUCUCUCUCUGCCUCUCCCUCUCUCUCUCUCUUUCUGCCUCUCUCACUGUCUUUCUCCAUGGAAUGCUGGUGAGAACACAAUCAGAACCAACAGCUGCAAUUUUUGCUAAGAGUGAGCUGCAGCCCCGUGUUCAUCUCCAUACAGAAGCAGGAGACAGUUUGAUAGAGCAAUGGACUCACUGCAGCUACAUUGCUUUUAAUUCUUCUGUGUUUUGUUGUUUUCUUUUUUUCAAAAAAUGAAAAAGAAAAAUUCCUAGGGCAGAGUUGAGAGUUGUACUCUUAGUCCAUGAGCAGAUUGAGAAUUACUCAUAACUUGUGGUGAUCAGAUAAAUGCAGCAGACUUUUAUGAUAACAUCUCUUGCAGUCUUAGAAUCUCCUUAGCUUAGAAUCUCACUUAUUUCCAGUGAACAUGUAUGUUAUUUUUAUAAGACAGGGUCUGAUCUCUGACACAGGUUCCCCCCCUUUCUUUUUCUAGCAAGAAAGGGGGUGUAAAGUCUUGAAAAUAGUAAUUGAAAUAUCUAAAAUACCUCUCUGUGGCAGUAGUACCUCUUUAGCUGCUCCAGUGGUCUGCUCUCUAGGAUGAUUCCUUUCCUGUUCUUCAUCUCCUAGUUGGCAAACUGUGGGGCACUGGAUACUGAGUAACUUUAAACUUCGGCAUUUCCCAUCUAGAAGCCUUAGUCUUCUUUCCAGUCCCUUUUCCCUUUAGUCAAAUGGCACAACCCCAAAAACUCCUUCAGUUUGACUCUCCUUCAGUUUGACUCUCCUUCAGACUGAAUCCCUGGAGGCUUAGCUUCCAAACUGGAGAGAAGCAACUAAAGCUUCUUGGGAAUUUCAGCUUCUUUGGCUCUUGAGACAGAAAGGUUCUACCUAUUUCCCAUCAGAUGCUUACCCCUGCAGCUUCUUCCUUCUUAGUCAUCAUAAUGCUAGGUUCUUACCCCUUUCCUGCCCUCUGCACCUCAUAUCCACCUCCAGGCAGCUCUGGCCAGUCCCCAGGUAUUAGACCCAAGAAUUGAUAUAAAAUCUAAAAACAUGCUUAUAUUUACAUUUUGGCCAAAACUACCAAUGUAUUUGACUUCCUUUUUGGAAGCCCUUAAGCUAUAUGGGUGUCCCAGGCAUAAAUUUACCCAGAUCUCUGCCUGAAACUGAAGGGCAGAUUGUAUUUAAGUUUUCCCGUGGAACACCCUGCUUCUCAAAUCCCAUUCUACAGUAGGAAACCAGAAAGACUUUGCUGAUUGUGGGGGGGAGGGUAGGUACUGCCAGGGUUUCCCUGUGUUGCCAAGGCUGGUCUCAAAUACCUGGCCUCAAGCAAUCCUCCCACCUUGGCCUCCCAAAGUGUUGGGAUGAUAGGCAUGAGCCACUGCACCUGGCCAAACUUUCCUGAUUUAGAUGAGAGUGCUGGGUCAUUCCCUACUUCAUGCCCCAAAACUUAAUCCUGGGCCAAAUGAGGAGCAUCUCUCCACCUCUGGGAAGAUUGGUGGGUGCCCAGGCACUAGUCACAGCCUUCCAGCCCAGCUCUCCAAGACCAAUCUGGGCAUCUGCUCAGGCAGGAUAAAAUUGCCUAGAGCUGAGGAAGUUCAGCCUCUUCCAGGCUGCACAGAGGGAGAUGAUAUAAGCACCUCAGAUUGAGAUGCAGGAUUGGUCCUCAGAAGGAGGUAUUGUUGACCAACCCCAGCUAUAAUUGCUUGUUACCAGAGACUUUGUGUACCCAUUUCUAAGAUACUGCAGCACAAACAGGCAAGACUCCUUCCAAUGCCAGGCCACCCAGAUAGCAACACAGAGAGGCUAGUAUACACAUUCCUUUAGAACUCAUUGAAAAGUGCUCAUGACUCACCAUUUUAAGGAGUAAGUUUUUAUCGAGUAGCUGAAGUCAGUGCUCCUUUACCUAGCUGCCUCUUUGGCCUUGUUUCCUGUGGGGUUGGGAGGAGGGAGAUGUAGUAUGAGGAAGGCCUUCCGUUGGUCUGUAUUCAGCAGAAUUGCGUAGAUACUGCUCUGACUUGUUUGAUGGUUGAUCUUGGGAAGCUCUAGGUUUUACUCUGAGGCCUCAAGCUCUCCCCCUAAUGCCAGUAUAGCUGUUAGGUUUUUGUCCUGGACAGAGGCCACGGGUGUUGGUCCUGUGCUUCAGGUUUGUGAGGCUGUGGAGUGGUACCCCCACCAUGCACAGAAGCACACACACAAAUACUUCCCUCUCCACCCUUAUGGGAGCUCUUUAUUCUUAGAAUAUAACUUAGACUCACUUUUAUCAAUGGCCUUUUUCCUCUUGCCCUGACUUCCUAGCUUAGCUCUUUCCAAAGGAACUUGAACUUGGCCAAGAGAGGUAAGGAGGCUGAACGGAGCAGUCUCUGCUCAUUCCUGGUUGUUGCCACCCUCAUUUAGAUGGAAAACAGAAAACAGAAGCUUCUUGGCUCUUUGCCAAAAUGAAUUAUCAGGGAACAAGUGCUCUCUCUCUCUCUCUCUCUGUAAUUACCCUUUUUCUUCUCUGCAACACAAAAACCUGGAAAGGAAAAUAAGUGGGUAGGAUUAAGAGCUGUUGGAAGCUGAGGGCCAAAGGAUACUGUGGGUCUAGUUGUCAAGGAGGCGGCCCUCUGCAUUAGAAAGAGUUCCUCAUGAAAUUAGCCAAAUGGUGAGUCCUUCCCCAGCUGGGCACUAUGGGUUCUCUAAGAUGGGUCUGUAAUGUCACAGUGAGGGCUCUCUCUAGUAGUAGAUCUGGAGUGAGGUGUGUCUUGGGUUGAAGAGGUGGCUUGACUUUCGAAUGUAAAACUGACUGUGCCUUAGCAUCACCCUGUCCAGUGCCCCUGGGGCAGCUGGUAGUGUCCAGAAGAAUGGACACCUGCUCCAGACUUAGAUGCCUAUCUGAGCUUUUGUUUGAUUUGAGGUGUUUCUGUCUUCUGUAAAGCUAGUGAGUUGUCCCAAGAGACUGAUGCCACAGCUUGUUCGCAGUUACACAAACUCGGCUUUAAAGCUCCAGAUAGAAUCUGAUUGACAAACUCCAGCUGCAGCAUAUGGAGCUUCUAGAUGUUCACAACCUUGAAUGGGUGUCAGUGUCACUGAACCAUGGGGGAGAGGAGUAUGGGGUAGAGCAAUGGUCUGGGCCAAGGAGUGGUGAGCUUAGGGUCUUCCUCUGAAACCUCACUCCUCUUCAAGGAGGCAGUUAGGGUCCCUCUUAAGCAGGCUUCUAUUUCUUACCACUAAAUUGGUUUCAUUUUUCAUCCAGAAGUUAGCACUCCCCAGAUAUUCACACUAUAGGAUCUGAAUUUUGAGAUUCUAAAAUAUCUUAAACCACAAGAGAGAAAAUCUAGUUCUGCCUCAGCCCUAGUCAGCAGGCCAUCUGUCCCUUCCUUUCCUCUGAGUCAGACAGCUCUGGCAAGCAAGGCUCCUUGGCUAGUUCCUAAUGCACUGACAGGAGCCCUCCCAUUAAGGAUGACUUCUACUCAAAACAUGACUCUCCCUCUGGACUGCAGAUGCCUGUUAGCAGGAAAAGGCAUUGAUCGGAUUGGAUAUAUUUAUGUGACUGCGGGCAUUCGUGGCUGUAGAAUCCGUGACCAUAAUGUUAUAUGUAAUGGGAACUAUCUUAUAAACUUGAAAAAAAUAAAGUUUUUAUUUUCUAUA